AUGUCGAGUUCACAGCUGGAGCAAGGAACAGACAACAAGAUAAAAGAACUGGAUCAGAAUGAAAUGGACUUGCCUCAGGAAGAUGCAGCUGGCGCAAGCCAACCGCUCAUGUUUUCUGGGUUGGGAGAACAGCCACGUGCAAACUCAUACGAUUUCUUUGAUAACGAUAUGGUCACACCCAAUUUGGCAAGCGGUACUUCCGCCGUGUAUUCUCCCUUCUUUUUGCAAAUGUUUACGACGGAACGACGAGGGAUCGAUAGUGGAAAAUUAUACCCGCGCGAUUAUGGUGAUGCCAAGCAUCCCGACAUCACAGCCAACGAGAAGAUCGCUCCCCCGCUGGUCCUCCCGGACAGCGCCACGCAGGUGAACAAAUCAUUAGAGGAUAUGAUGUCUGUAAUGACAGAAAACAACCCUUUUUUCUCCGAAUGCCUCGAGCAGCUGACCCACAUUAGUCAAUGCCGCAAGUUGGAAGGUGAGUGUACGAUUCCUCUCUGCUUCCCCCUCAAGCGCGACAUUUACCACGCCUCGAAAUGCACGGACGAGGACUGCACGCUGUGCCAGCUUCUCCGCCCGCUCCUCCUCAUCCACAGCAUUUCCUGUACCCGCGAGGAUUGCCAGAUUCCGCUGUGCCACCGGUACCGAAACGCCUGGUUCGCCUUCGUUCAGAGCCUCGCGGGGCUUCCCGUCCCGCGGUUAGAGCGCCUCUUCGAGAGCAAGCAGAAGCUCCGCCCCGCGGUGAAGCAGGAGGUACGUCCCGCGGGGAUCCGACAUCUAGAAAACGCCCGACCCGUCGCUCUCGCAGAAGCGCGUGCAUUCCCGCGGUUCCAAGACAGGGGUAAAAAUCGUGGUUAUUUUUGUAACGGGGAGAGCGACUUCUACGGCGAAGAUUUGGCGCGCUCCCCGUCGAAUUUGGCGGGGUCGAAGCAGUCCACGCCGUCUCGUUCUGCGGAAUUAACCGCGAAACCGUCCGCUCUGGGAGGCGGUGCGAGCGGGACUGGGUCGCAAAAUGGCGGGACGGGCGCGGAGGGCGGCGCGCCGACGGUUUUGGCGGCCAAAUCGGGGCUGAACGAAGCGCUGAAGGGGUCGAACGCGUCGCUGUCGGUGCAGUACAUCGCGUGCUGCAAGUGCGGGAAGCGACGCGCGGUUCCGGGGACGCUGGACGUGAGCCUGCUUCCGCACUUCGAGUGCUCGAUGAACAUCUGGGACGACAACAAAUAUAACGCGUGUAAUAUUGAGGAGAACGUGGACGUCAACUACGUGAUCAACCUUUCGAAGAAGGGCCCGAACUACGAGCAGAGCUGCGCGCAGUUCGUAAACAAGCUGAAAGCGUUUCUGGCGACCAAUCAGAUCAUGUCGUAUCGGCCGCCCACGCUGGGGCGAAAGGAGGUCGAUUUGUACCGCCUUUUCCGCGAGCAAGGAGGGCACCUGGGCGAAGAUCUACCGCGGGCUGGACAAUUUCUCGCCGACGGAGACGUCCGCGUCGUUCCGGCUGAAGAAGAUGUACAAUAA